AUGCAUCACCUCGUCCAGCCCCACCAGUGGGUGUCGCUGAAGCUUCUAUCAGAGGAUACAAAGGUGCUCCAAAUAAUCCCCAACACAACCAUUUCGCUGGGCAAGCUUGGUUCUUUUCCAAGUAACCUCGUCAUUGAGCGACCUUUCCACCUCACCUACGAAAUCCUUGACCGACGUGAUGGGGAAAACUUUAGCAGGCUACGAGUUGUACCACCGAGCGAGAUCCACGCCGACGCCCUAGCCGAUUUGAACGCGCAGAACGCCGAAGAAGAGGGCACUACCCUCGAGAAUGUCAUUGCUGCCCCCGACGGUGCGGAAUUCGAACUGGUUGAUAAGGAGAGCGGCGACGUUGUUGCGCAUUCAAGACGCGAAAUCAUCGACGAUGCUGCCCGUCAGACCCUGACGGCCGAGGAGAUUGAGCAACUCAAACAGGGCAACAACACCGAUGCCGGCAAGGACAUCAUCGCGAAGCUACUUCUGUCACAUACCGCCAUUGACCAGAAGACGGUCUUCUCCUUGGCCAAGUACAAGCUGCUCAAGACCAAAAAGUACAUUCGUCGCUUCACGAUACAGCCCCUCGACCCCCUGACGCUGGGCAAGUGGCUCUUGGAGGAGAAAGACGCCGGAAAGGUGCUGGAGAUGCGGGAGGAGAUGAUGGGAUUGCUUGGCUGUUGGGCUAACGUACAUUUCGGUGGCCUCCCCCCAACCGACAAGCCCGAAAUAGUGACGGCAGAUGGCUCGGGAUUGUUAGACAAGUCAGAGAUCGGUGGCCGAUGGCUCGUCGUGGACGAUACCGGUGGCCUGGUCACCGCUGCCAUGGCCGAGAGGAUGGGCAUCUUGUACCCCAACGACCACGAAGAUGUUGAGGAUGCCAGUGUUCAAAAGGAUAGCGCCGACGGGGAGAUUAACGGAUCAAAGCCAGCAGAAGCCGCCACCAAUGGCGUUGGAUCGCAAACCACAAAUACCGAGGAAGCUGGCACAGAAAACACCGCUGCCCUAGAAACAACAACGAGCUUCGAACAAAUGACGACAACGGCAGAUGCGGUGAUGGCGGACGACGCCGAAGCACCGAAACCACACCAACCUCGACGAAGACACCCGCCCCGUCGCGAUGACUUUGAAUCCAUCUUCGCCCCCACCAACACCAUCACUCUCAUCCACCCCAAUAGCCAGCCGAACCUUGCUCUUCUCAGGUACUACAAUUUUGACAGCACGAACCCGAACCCGCCACACCCCCUACACCCCCUCGCUACGAAUCUGUUGCCUAUCUCCUGGCUGCAGCUGCUAGAACCCGAGGAAGACGUCACAUACUCGACGCCACCCCCCGAUGUCUCCGAAGAGGUCCUGCAUACCUGGAAGGCCAACCGCCGAGGCAACUAUCAUCGCAAGAGGAGACGUUGGGCGCGUACACGAUACAUUGUAGACUCGACCCGCGCUGGCGGCUUCUCGGGGCUCGUCAUCGCAAGCACAAUGGAUAUUAUCUCUAUCCUGCGCCACACACUACCGCUGUUGGCUGGCGGAGCGCCCAUCGCCAUCUACUCUCAGAGCAUCGAGCCGCUGACCGAGCUCGCUGACUGUUUCAGUAUCGCUCGUCGCGCCGGUUGGUCGUCGAACCCCCCCGCCGAGGCCGCUGGCAAGUCGAUCCAGGAAUUGGAACGCUGGCAGGGCUCGGAAGACUUCCCCAUCAAUCCGACUUUGCUCCUGGGCGCCAACGUGCAGACAAGUCGGGCGAAGCGCUGGCAGGUGCUGCCCGGCCGCACGCAUCCCAUGAUGAUGGGCCGGGGUGGCGCGGAUGGCUAUGUGUUCACUGGUUGGAAGGCCGUGCCUGCGGAGGGCAAGGUUGAGGCCCGAGGCAAGUUCAAGAGAAGAAAGGUGGAAGCAUGA